UGAGAGCAAAGCGGGGUGCAGCUCCCCUAUAAUGACUGCCCUCCACAGUUGGGGAUAUGGGCAGGAUGACGGACCUUCAGAGUGGCACAAAUCUUAUCCUAUUGCCAAAGGGAACCGGCAGUCACCUAUUGAUAUAGUUUCUGCAAGAGCAGUUUAUGACCCUAAUCUGAAGCCACUUGUUAUCUCCUAUGAAUCAUGUACAUCUCUCAACAUCUCCAACAAUGGCCAUUCGGUUAUGGUUGAGUUUGAAGAUACUGAUGACAAGACAGCAAUCAGUGGCGGUCCCUUUGAGAAUCCAUUUCGGCUAAAGCAGUUUCACUUUCACUGGGGCACAAAGCACAGCCAGGGAUCGGAGCAUACAAUUGAUGGCAAACCUUUUCCAUGUGAGCUCCACUUAGUUCACUGGAAUGCCAAAAAAUAUGCAACAUUUGGAGAAGCAGCAGCAGCUCCAGAUGGCUUGGCAGUAGUUGGUGUUUUCUUGGAGAUUGGGAAAGAACAUGCCAAUAUGAACAGACUCACUGAUGCUCUGUACAUGGUAAAAUUUAAAGGAGCAAAAGCUCAAUUUAAAAGCUUCAAUCCCAAAUGUCUCCUGCCUUUGAGUCUAGAUUAUUGGACAUACCUUGGUUCUUUGACAACACCACCCCUUAAUGAGAGUGUAACAUGGAUAGUGUUGAAAGAACCCAUCAGAAUUUCUGAGAAACAGCUGGAGAAAUUCCGCAUGCUCUUCUUCACUGAUGAGGAAGACCAGAGGAUCCAAAUGGUGAAUAAUUUUCGCCCCCCUCAGCCUCUUAAGGGGAGAGUAGUUCGAGCUUCCUUCAAGGCCUGAAGGAAAUCAAUAAUAGCCCUGAGAUAUCCAAGAGCU